AUGAAAAAAUAAUUGAUAGUGUUUGCUUUGUUAGGUAUAUUUGCUUUAGCCGAAGAACAAUGCCCAGAAAAUAGUUUCCUAAAAGAUGAUAAAUGUGUUUGUAAGGCAGGAUACUAUAGCGAGAGUGCUGAUAAAUGCCUUAAAUGCCCAGAUAAUACUACUUCUUUUCCUGGUUUAUAUUAUAACACUUACCCUGAAGCUACUGCUGGAGAUUGUAGAAAAUGUUAAAACAAUUACUAUGUUACAGGUAAAGCAACUAAAGAAAAAUCUGCUACUUGCUCUAAAUGUCCUGAUCAUUCCAUAAAUAGAAGAUAAUUAGAAGAUGUCUAAACUGAAGCUGAAGCUUGCACAGAAUGCGAAUAUGGUUACUAUUGGGAUAAUUCUAGUGGUAAAAGAGUUUGCUCACCUUGCGGAAGCGAAGGAGCUAUUCCUGCUGAUAAGGAAUAAACUGGAAAAAAUCCCUCAUUUUGCAAUAACUGCUAAGCAGGUUACUUUAUGACUAAAGCUGCAGAUGAAAAAGCUGGUACAGCAGCCUAAUGCUCAAAAUGCCCAGAAUACUCUGGUAGUACUAUAUAAACAGAUGUUGGAUCAAUUGCAAAUUGCUCUUGUGAGGAUAGACUAGCUGAAAAAUUAUCAGAAAGCGUUCAAACUUGUAAAUGUAAAGCAGGUUAUGCUGGGUAAGUAUCUAAUAGUUCUGCAGUUUCAGGAUGUGAAGUAGCAUGUGCUGAAAAUGCAUCCAAAUAUGAUGGUAAAUGUGCUUGCAAAAAAGGAUACUAUGGAAUAAAUGCUGCUUAUGGAGGUAAAUGCGAAAAAUGUCCUGAGCUUACUAUCUCUAAUCAAUGUCAUCGUGGAGAUUGUAAUACUGGUGAAGAAAGAGGAAAGAUUACUAGUUGUAAUUCAUGUAUUGAAAAUUACUAUAUUGUAGAAUUUGCUGGCGGAUUUGGCCCUGACGCUAAGGCUGCAACAUGCAAAGCCUGUCCUGAAAAUUCUUAUAAUGAAGAAGGCGGACAUGGUUUUUGUAAAUGCUUUGAUAAAUAUGCCGACAGCUUAAAUUACAGCAGUACAAAAUGUGAAUGCAAGUACGGAUAUACAGGGAAUGUUGCCACAACAAAGGAUGGAACUGGAUGUGUUAAGGAAGGAUCAUCCAAUUCAGGUUCAUCAGGUAGUAACAGUAAUUCUGGAUCAUCAGGAAAUAGCAGUAGCAACUCUGGUUCUUCUGGUAAUAGUAAUAACAAUUCUGGUACUUCAGGCAAUGGUAGUAGCAAUUCUGGUUCUUCAGGCAACAAUAACAAUUCAGGAUCUUCAAUUAACAAUGAAAAUUCAGGAAAGAAAGAUAAGGAAACAUCAGAAUCCUAAAGUAUUAAUGUCAAUACUAAUUCUGCAAACCUUUAAAUUUUAGCACUUAUGAUGUAAUUAGCUAUUUUAAUUUGA